AUGUAUUGCAACUUCUUGUUUAAGUUUUACCUUCUGACAUUCUUUCCCUAUUACUUUUUUUUUCUACUGAGUAUGUGAGUCCUGUGUCUAUUUAUACACAAGCACAUAUGCAUUCUGUUUUCCAUGUUGCUAACAGCUCCUGCUUCCUACUUAUUUUCAUGUGCCACUUUUACUAACUGGUUGUUUCCUUCCCUUCCAGGCUAGUUAAUUCAAGAUCGGUGUAAUUUUUCUUCUCCUUCAGGUAGACAGGCUUGUGUUUUUCUGUCCCAUGUCUUGUGGCAUAGUAUGGAUUUGACAUCAUCGCAACAUAAUCUUCUACAUAAUGAACUAAUAAGAAAAUUAGAAAGACAAGCAGGGGAAAAAGAAGAUGAACAGAUAGUUGCAGAAAUCAUGAGAAGACGUUUUUUUCCUACUGUUAUAACUCAUAAGGCUUGGGAAGGCUUUCACUUUGCUGGCCGUGAGAUAAGGAUUACAGAAGCCACUGACUGUUAUGGGGCAGUUGUCUGGCCAUCGGCUCUUGUUCUGUGUUAUUUUUUGGAAACCAAUUCUAAACAAUACAAUUUGGUUGACAAAAAUGUUAUUGAAAUUGGAGCUGGAACUGGGUUGGUCUCCAUCGUAGCCAGUUUAUUGGGUGCACUUGUGACUGCCACUGAUUUGCCAGAACUGCUGGGAAACCUUCAGCACAAUGUUCUCCAAAAUACUAAACUGAAAAGCAAGCACCGGCCUUGUAUAAAGGAGUUGUCUUGUGGCAUUGAUCUGGAAAAGAACUUUCCCAGAGCUUCGUGUCACUUUGACUACAUUAUGGCUGCUGACGUAGUUUACCAUCAUCCCUUCCUGGAUGAGCUCCUCCUAACUUUUGAUCACUUGUGCAAGAAUGACACUGUUAUUCUGUGGGCUAUGAAAUUUAGGUUGGACAAGGAGAACCAAUUUGUGGGCAGAUUUCAGACACUGUUUGACUUAGAGGUGCUUUCUAAUUUUCCUAGUUUGAACAUUACCUUGUAUAAGGCAAUGAGGAAAGGCAGGAUGAAAGUCAGACCUUCCAAACUGUCCGUCUGAAAAAGAGAUACAUGGGGGCGACAGUCUCAGCUCCUCUGUAGCUUGUUCUCUUUUCAAUAAUUUCCAUGUUAGCAGCUGCCAGUACCUGUAUGAAUGAUAUUUUUAGAGAAAGUUAAAAUAUCAGAUUUCAUCCCUAAAGAAUUGCUAAAUUCAUCUUGUUGUUAGUUUUAUACACAGAAGAAAUGUAUUUCUGAUGCUUUCUUGACUUUUAUGUGCUAAAUUGUCAGCAGUAAUAACCGUCACAAGUCUCACUAUUAUAUCUGUGGGAUGUGUAAUGAAUAUUUCCAAUGUCUUUCAAUUGCAGCUUUGAACGGUGUCUUACAAGAUCAACCAAUCAUUUGAAGAUUUACCACAGUCUUAAGUUUUGUAUUUAAAAGUUGUGGUGUUAAAUCUCAUCUUUCCUCACUCCCACUAUAGUGUGUAAAUCCUUCCUUUAAAGAGCCUUUACAGGACAUUAAGUUAACUGAAAGGAAAAAUGGGAGAAAUACUGUCAUAAUAAAACGAGAGAAUAUAUUGGUUACUCUGAUUUAAUGAUUAUGCUUUCCUCCCCUUCCACUUUACAUUUAGAUUCAGGGAUUAUUCAACAGACAGCUGCACACAUGAGGCAACAGGGAGUUAAAUGUUUUGUUGCUUGC